UUUAAUCGCCGCAGGACGGGUUUUUCCGCAUGGCCGGAGCUUGCUGCAAGUGUCCGGUCUCUCUGUCCGUGUUCAAGCGCUCCCUCUCGGUGGCUCGGAGCGGGUCCGCGCCUCGCUGCUCCCUCCUGCAGAGCUGGAGGCUCGGGGAGCGGGGCCUGCAGGAGGCCGCCCGCCCAUCCAGCGUCCUGAGACCCGCUGGGUUCUACCGGCCAACGUCCUUCUUGUGUGUCUCCUGUCAGGAGUCCAUGAGUGAGAGUCUGCGGACCUGCUACCUGUACCUGAACCAGACCAGCCGCAGCUUCGCAGCAGUCAUCCAGGCUCUGGACGGGGAGCUGAGACAUGCAGUUUGUAUUUUCUAUCUGGUGCUGCGCGCCCUGGACACGGUGGAGGACGACAUGACUAUCCCGCUGGACAAGAAAGUGCCCAUGCUGAAUGACUUCCACACGUACCUGUACCAGGAUGAGUGGUGCUUCACCGAGAGCCAGGAGAAAGACCGUCAGGUCCUGGAGGAUUUCCCAACGAUUUCACUUGAAUUCAGAAACCUCGCUCAGGAAUACAGAGACGUCAUCUCAGAUAUUUGCCACAGGAUGGGAGUGGGGAUGGCUGAAUUUCUGGAGAAGAAAGUGGGCUCCAUGAAGGAGUGGGACCUGUAUUGUCACUACGUUGCUGGUCUGGUCGGUGUCGGGCUUUCUCAGCUCUUCUCUGCGUCCCAGCUGGAGGAUCCUGAGGUGGGGCGGGACACCGAGCUGGCAAACUCCAUGGGUCUGUUCCUCCAGAAGACCAACAUCAUCCGAGACUAUUUAGAAGACACGCAAGAGGGACGUGCCUUCUGGCCUCGGGAGGCUUGGAGUCAGUUUGCGGGUCGUCUGGAGGAUCUGGCCCACCCCGAAAAGCUGGAUUCGGCUCUCUCCUGUCUCAACCUGCUGGUCACGGACGCCCUGCGACACGUCCCGGAUGUUAUCGCCUACCUGUCCCGCCUGCGCAACCAAAGCGUCUUCAAUUUCUGUGCCAUUCCACAGGUGAUGGCGAUAGCCACGUUGUCCUCGUGCUACAACAACCCCAUGGUGUUUCAAGGAGUGGUGAAGAUCAGAAAGGGCCAGGCCGUCACCCUCAUGAUGGAGGCCACCAACAUGAGCGCCGUGCAGACCAUCAUCGCGCAGUACAGCCAGGAGAUUUUACAGAAGGUUUCCCUCACCGACCCGUCGCGGGACAAGACCCUGCACAUCCUGGCCGUGAUCCGAGAGAAGUCCGCCGUGUCGCCGUCGACCCUCCCCUCACGGACGCACCACCUGUCGCCCAUGUACCUGUCGGCCGCCAUGCUGCUCGCCGCUCUCAGCUGGCAGUACCUCAGCACCACUGCGGCGCAGGCGCAGGGUACGGGGGACAUGCACGGACAGUGAACCCUUCUAAGAAAAAAAAAAAAAAAAAAAAA